CAGGUGGGGCUCUGUCUCCCUCCGCUCAGCGCCGGGAACCGCGAGGAUCUACAGCACAGCAUGUCAGAAGUCUGAGCGCGGCGGCUAAAACCCAGAAAAUCCAACUUUACAGAGCCGAACAGAACCAGAACCGAGCCCGCUCCGCCUGAUACAGCUCCCCCUGACCCGGUUCUGACCGACCCAGCGCCGCAAACAUGAGUUUACUCGCUAAAAUCGCAGAAAUAGAGAACGAGAUGGCUCGUACUCAAAAAAACAAGGCCACAGCUCAUCACCUGGGGCUGCUGAAAGCCCGACUGGCCAAACUCCGGAGAGAGCUCAUCACUCCUAAAGGAGGCGGAGGAGGAGGACCUGGAGAAGGUUUUGAUGUUGCGAAGACGGGUGAUGCGCGUAUCGGGUUCGUGGGCUUUCCCUCUGUGGGUAAAUCCACGCUGCUGAGUAACCUGGCUGGAGUUUACUCCGAGGUCGCCGCCUACGAGUUCACCACGCUGACCACAGUGCCGGGAGUCAUCCGCUACAAAGGAGCCAAAAUCCAGCUCCUGGAUCUCCCAGGUAUCAUUGAAGGAGCGAAGGACGGUAAGGGUAGAGGACGUCAGGUCAUCGCAGUGGCUCGUACCUGUAAUCUGAUCCUGAUCGUUCUGGACGUGCUGAAACCCCUUGGUCACAAGAAGCUGAUCGAGCAUGAGCUGGAGGGCUUCGGCAUCCGCCUCAACAAGCAGCCCCCCAACAUCGGCUUCAAGAAGAAGGACAAAGGAGGCAUUAACUUCACUGCCACGUGUGCUCAGAGUGAGCUGGACGCUGAAACGGUGAAGAGCAUUCUGGCCGAGUACAAAAUCCACAACGCUGACAUCACCCUGCGGAGCGACUCUACAGCUGAUGACCUCAUAGACGUGGUGGAGGGAAACAGAGUUUACAUCCCCUGCAUUUACGUCCUCAACAAAAUCGACCAGAUCUCCAUCGAGGAGCUCGACGUCAUCUACAAAGUCCCUCACUGCGUGCCGAUCUCCGCCCACCACCGCUGGAACUUCGACGACCUGCUGGAGAAGAUCUGGGACUAUCUGCACCUCGUGCGCAUAUACACUAAACCGAAGGGUCAGCUCCCUGACUACACGUCGCCGGUGGUUCUGCCAGACGGACGGACAGCUGUUGAAGAUUUCUGUCUAAAAAUCCACAAAAACCUUAUCAAGGAGUUCAAGUAUGCUCUGGUGUGGGGUGCCUCCGUUAAACACAACCCUCAGAAGGUGGGGAAAGAUCACGUGAUGGAGGACGAAGACGUCAUUCAGCUGGUGAAGAAAUAAACUGACUCUGUUCCAGCUGUGCAUGAAGGACCUGCUCUCUUCACCGAGCUUUCAGACAUUUCCAACGGCCCCACCAUACACUAUCCACGAUGACGUCAUCUUACUGUGGCUCUCUGAUCAUUAUUUUUAUUUUUGGACAUGGUAUAUAUGAAUGUUAAUGCGUUUCCCUAUUCAGCACAUGAACACAUGAAGCCACAUAUGGAUAGUUAAAAAAAAGGCGCUGUUAAAAAAAUUAUACAAUAAAAGAAAAUUAAACACCCAAUUGUGUCUAUAGAUUUAAAUAAAAGUCUAAAAUAAAGCAUUAGAA